GCAGGAAAGACUAAAGGGAUUUACUAGCUCUGCAGCCAUGGAAGAAGAGCCCGGUGUGGACAUAGAAACUCUCAUAGAUGAAUUUGAAUAUAUUCCUGGUCAUUUCCAUUUGGAAAUGAAUCUGAACUUUGAAUCUUGCACCCCAGCAGAGUUUCGCAGACGGGACAUCAAACUAAAACGUGAUGCCCUUCAGUUCCAGAUAGAAUUUGACUCUAGUUUCCACCACUCUGCAAUCAGAAAUCUGCUUGGGGUAUUUUCUUUCUAUCUAGAUGAGAUUGAUAGUGCCAAGGAGAUCUUUGAUAACAUCACCAAGCAAGAAACCGAUAACUUAAAUGCAUGGGCCAACCUGGCAUAUGUGUAUGACAGGCUGAAUUUGGAGGAAGAGGCUUCACACUGCACAGAUAGGAUAUCCCAUCUGAUGGGCCUGGAUGUAGAGGAUAGGGGCAGCAAGGAGCCCAGGCUUAGGGCUGCCCGCUGCCUGGCAGAGCAGGGCUAUGCCCAUGCCUAUGAUGUGGGGUUGCUGAAUGAAGAGGACAGCAUGGAGAAAAUGGUGACUGGCAUUAAUCUGUAUGAUAAGGCCCUCGACUUCGGCAAACACAAGAUCUCAUUGGAAGAGAAAAGGAGCUGGUUUUUCACAAUGGCCUCUCUCUGUAUGCGGGUAGAUGAAAUCUUCAUGAUAAAAGAAGAACCUGAACAGAGCCGAUUGUUAUUUUUUAACAAGACAUUGAUGUUGCUCCGUGACGCUGUGAAGUCCUCCCACAGUCAUUACAGAGCUUUGUCCUGGUGCUACAUUGGAAUGAUGCUGGAAAAACAACAGACAUUUUCCACCACGCCGAUGGGAAUCCAUGAUUACGGCUUUUCAGGAACCGACCCACUGGACUGCUUUAGCAAGGCUAUAGAAAUAGGCAAAGGCGACCCCGUGACACUGAACCGGCUGGCGAAAAUAUUUCAUUUCUUGGGAAAGCAAGAAAUGGCUACAGGAAUCUGUAACAUGGCACUGGAUGCACUUCAAGAUCCAAAGCUGAACUGGCAGGCGUACCUCACCCGCUCCCAGAUUUACAUCAGAAUGUAUGUGAAAGACCUAGAAAGGGCAAAGAUGGGAUUAUGUGGACUGCCAGACAGAAACCAUCUUACCAAUGCCAAGUCAGACCUGGACAGCAUCAUACAUGUGUAUCCCUGCCUGAAGACAUACCUGGAAAUGGGACAAGUCUGUUAUUACAUGGGUGUGGAUGCUGUCCAAGAACUGCUACUGACUGAUGAAAAUGCAAUCAAUAACGCAUUAGUCUGCAUUGCCAAAGCCAUAGAGUUUGACUUGGGUGAUACUUUCCCUGAACUCCAGCUCCUGAAAGGAAAAUGCCUAAGGGUAAAAGGUGAAGAACGAAAUGCUAUUGAGUGUUUGAAGCGGGCAAUUCAGCUGGACAACAAAGGCUCGCUGGGCACAGAGACCUUCCGAUGCCUAAUGGAGACACUGCUGAGCCUGUACCACCAGAACAAAAUGGACGCCACAGAUCUCAUCCAGGAAGUAGAAUUCUGGGUUAAACAGACUCAGGAAAAACACACACCAGAAGCUGUCAGCCUAGAGCUACAGACUGUUUGCAGAAACAACACAACAGAAGUCGUGAAUCUUUCCAAAGCAAUGAUCGCAAUGGGCAAAAUGGACUUGGUGAAGCUUUUGUUUCAGUCUAUGAAAGUCAAUGGCAAGAGGCCAAGUCUAGGUGUAAGGCCAAGUCUAACACUAAGCAACCGGUCAUCUUCCAUCUAA